AUGUCCAUCAAACGGGCCCUCUCCAAGAUCGUCCCCAAUAAAAUCGACACAAAUGACUCGUCUCCCGCCCCCAGCAGGCGUUCGGGGUCAAUGUCCCCUCGACGCAGCAUCCUGAGUGGAUUCUUGCGGGAUCGUGGCGGCUAUGCCUCUUCUUCGGAUGAUGUUUCUGAUGACUCUUCGUCCCCCACUACUGGGACGAUGAGCAAAAAUCAGCAGAAACGCCUUGCGCGUCAGCAACGCCGACAAGCGCGCUCUCGUCUCAGCGAGGAGCAACAUUCUGAAGAAUCUGAACGCCACAAGGAGGCUGUCGCGGCUGCCGCUCGUGAAGAGACUGCAGAGAUGAAGGCUCGCUAUGGCGAGCUGCCCCUCCUUCAGUCGCGCUCUCGCCCGCGGGAGCUCCGGACCAAAUUUGAGAAUAUUUCGGCGGACUCGGUGGGCAAGGAGGUCCUCUUCACGGCGCGCUUGCAUAUCAUCCGUCGUAUGAGUGCCAAAUUGGUUUUCCUUGUCUUUCGCCAACAGCUUUACACUUUUCAGGGUGUGUUGCAUGAAUCCCCAGGCAAGAGCUCCAUCGCCAUGAUUCAAUGGGUCGAGCACUUGCGUGUGGGUUCUAUAGUACAGGUUCGUGGCACUGUUCAAGCCCCAGAGGUGCCAGUGCUAGGAUGCACCAUUCAUGAUGUUGAACUGGCCAUUGAUGCGAUUCACGUUGUCGUUCGGCGGGAGGAGCCUGUCCCGUUCAGCGUCUAUGAGGCCGAGAUCCAGACCCCGGAGGAAGAGCGCGUUGAAGGUCGGCGUAGUCAUAUCCCUGACCGCACGCGUCUGACCAACCGCUUGCUGGACUUGCGUACGCCCACAUCUCAAUCAAUCUUCCGCAUUCAAUCAGCGGUGGGAAAUCUUUUCCGGACCGCCCUUGACGAGCAGAAUUUCAUCGAGAUUCAUACACCCAAGCUGCAAGGGUCCGCCACUGAGUCUGGAGCUAGUGUAUUUGAGGUAAACUACUUUGGUCGGGAUGCGUUCCUGGCUCAGAGCCCCCAGUUGGCCAAACAGAUGGCUAUUGCGGCGGACUUCGGUCGAGUGUAUGAAAUUGGCGCUGUGUUUCGCGCGGAGAAUUCCAAUACCCACCGCCAUUUGACAGAGUACACUGGACUGGAUAUUGAAAUGGCAAUUGAGGAGCACUACCAUGAGAUGUUGGAGGUUCUAGAUGCUGUGAUCAAGAGUAUCCUGAAAGGAGUCUAUGGCCGCUUCCGUCGUGAGAUCGAGACCGUGAAACAGCAAUUCCCGUCCGACGACGUCGUUUGGCUCGAAGAAACGCCAAUCAUCCGGUUCUCCGACGGUAUCAAGAUGCUCAACGACUCCGGGUGGCGUGAUGAGGAGGGAAAUCCCUUGCCGGUAGAUGAUGACUUACAUACUCGCGAUGAGAUUCGCCUCGGCGAGCUCGUCAAGGAGAAGUACGGCACGGACUACUACAUCCUCGACAAGUUCCCCACCAGUGCACGUCCCUUCUACACGAUGCCCGAUCCUGAUGACAACCGCUUCACUAACUCCUUUGACAUAUUUAUUCGGGGCCAAGAGAUCGUCUCAGGCGGUCAACGUAUCCAUGAUCCCCAUAUGCUUGAGGAAAAUAUGCGCCGUGUGGGCAUCAAUCCUGACACCAUGGAGGAAUAUAUGGAAGGCUUCCGAUGGGGCGCACCUCCCCACGCCGGCGCUGGCGUGGGCCUGGAGCGUUUCUUGAUGCUUCUUCUCAAGCUGGGUAACAUUCGUCUCGCUUCUCUCUUCUAUCGUGAUCCUAAGAGUUUCCCCGCCAAGCCCCCAACUUUGCAAUUGCGGCACCCAGAGUCUUCGACUGUCGAACCAUCCUGGGUCCGCGACAGAAAAGGUCACUUGGCGCCCGAUGAGAGCCACCUGCAGCCGAUAGAGCAUCUCAUCGCGAACUACGGUGAUGCGACCUCUACAUCAUGGGGAGAUGAGCGAUUUAAGAUUUGGCGUGACCUGGCGACCGGCGCAGCAAUUUCGUACGUGCCUAGCAGCAGCAAUUAUGCAGUGAUCCCAGGUGAUCCUCUGUGCGACGCCCGGCAGUAUUCGCGCGUGAUCACUCAGUUCCUGCAAUGGUUGCGCCGGGAGACCAAGUAUAAACCAAUUUGGCUCUUAUGUUCCCCUCAGGUUGAGGCGAUUCUAGGCGAGAAACUUGGCUGGCGUAGUUUGUCUUGCAUUGCAGAGGAGCGUGUAGAUCCGUCCCGCAACCAAGCUGCUUCAGAUGGGGAAAUUGCGCGGAAGAUCCGACACUCGGAGAGCGAGGGUAUCAAACUCGUGGGCAUGAGUCAGGGCGAGAUGGUACCGGACAACAUCCGCGAGAAGAUUGACCAGCGCAUCCAGGACUGGCUGUCCAACCGUAAAGGCACUCAAGUGCACCUGUCUGAGAUCCGUCCAUGGCGUGAUCAUGCCCAUCGCUGGUAUUUCUAUGCGGUCGACAAGGAAGGUACUAUUUGUGCCUUUGUCGCCUUGGCCACUCUAUCCCCAUCCCAUGGCAUGCAGGUGAAAUACAGCUUUGACUUCCCAGGGUCUCCAAAUGGUGUCAUUGAGCAUAUCGUUACUCAUGCCAUCCAGACAGCGGCUCGGUCUGGAGUCAAGUCACUUACUUUUGGUGCUGGCGCCACCACCACUCUUACCCCGGGGCACAACAUGCACGGAGCCAAGGUGAAGAUGCUGCAGCAUACCUACGAAACCUUGGCGAAGCAGUUCCAUUUGGUUCGCAAGAGCGAGUUCCGUGCGAAACUGGGAGCACAGGACGACCCCCUUUACAUUGCCUACCCACCCCAUGGGCUAGGGUCGAAGGGUAUCCGGGCUGUUCUUCACUUUUUCGAAGAUUAA